GAGUAUUAAACAGGAAGUAAUGUCUGUAAACAAAAAGAAGAGAAAAACCUGGAUUUAUGUAAACCUGUAUUAGGCGGCCGUGUGUUCUUCUUUAAAACGGCAGAAAUAUAGGUGCACCUAAUUGAUUUUAGCAACCUAUGUAUGCGUCUAUUUAUUUCCUUAUUUAUUUUUACCGCUCGACGCUAAAUGUUCACCUCCAAAGAAGGACGAUGAAAGCUCCGGUUCCGUGUUGAAGACUCUUCCAGCACGAUCAUGAAAGAUCGGAUAAUUUCGGGUCUCAUUUUCACCGUUUUCAUAACCAAUUGCGCUGCUAAUGAUUUAACAUAUGUCUCAGAAUAUUCCUCUGUGGUGCCUCAGAAGCUUGACUUCUACAGUUGGUAUGGGAAUGUACGACUGGCCCUCUUUAAAGUGCCUGAAGAUACGGUACUAGUCCGAUGGUUGUUAACUGUUAGUCAAAGAGGUGACUCAGACUGUGGAAACACUAACAUAACCAUCCAUAUUCGAGCAGGAGCUCCUCCUGUAAUUAAUCCAUUACAAACUGAGUUUCCUACGCAUACAGCAUUCGUUAUAGCAUACAAUCUAACCUUAACAUUAAAUUCAAAUGGCCAAAACCUGACAUUUUUAAAUUUGACCAAUCCUGUGGCGGGAGAUUGGUUCAUGGCUGCACAUCUUCCCAAACAUGAUGGCAAAAUUGAGCAGAAGGGUUUCUCCUCACAAUGCUUAUACCUUUUUCAGUCUCAGAUGUUUGUGAGAAAAGUAAUUGAUAUACCUAUAUUAGUACCUGGAGUUGCAGUGCAGAAUGCUGUCUCUUCAUCUGAUAGACCAGCGUUGUUUAAGAUUUAUAUUCCAGAUUACACCGUGGAUUUGUCUGUUCAACUCACAAAUUGCACACAGUGGACUGCAGGGGGAUGUCCAGUUCUGCUGACUGUUGGAUCAGCUACACUUCUCCCAGGUUCCACUAAAACCCUCAACUGUUCUUGGAGUACCAAUUGCACAGCUGACCUCCAGUUCCUGCCAUGGCAGAACUGGGUACGAGUUACAGUGGAAAGUAUAAAUGCCAACAUGCCUGUUUCCUUCCAAAUUAAAGCUGAUCUCACAGUGGGAUGCAAACCUCAUACUGCAGGAUUGUUUGGUGGCUUUUUUACCAACUUUAAUGGCAAUAAUACUAAUCAGUCAGCAGUAAAUGUUAAUACCUCAUUACCUGUGGAUAACCUCACUUUACUGAAUGACACUAACAAGGUGAAAUUAGAUAACAAGACAAUAAACACAAUCCUGCCUACAACGUGUUUGCUCAGCCAGUCAAUGUUUCGAGAAGACCUUGAUGUUGUUUCUGCACGUUUUGCUGUCAUCACUAAACCAAACUUUACAAUUUCCUCCAUUACUCCAGCAUUAUUUUCAUUAAAUCUAAACAGAAUUGCAGACAGUGGUGGGACCCUCACUCUGGAACUAAGAUUAAACAAGACUUCUCUUACAAAUGAAAAUUCCACUAUUGUAGCUUGUUUAAAUGCUAGAUCUCCUAUCAUGACGAACAACGGAACUGAAACAUGUAGCACAGCAUUUUCUCAGGGUUAUUCUAUCAAACUGAACAUCACAUCCCCAGAAGCAACACUUUAUAUUCCCUUUCCAGAGUCUGCCUGGUGGUAUCUUUCUAUUCUUUUGGUCUGCCCUGAAAAUAUAAGUGAAUGUGGAGAAGUGUCUGGUACAGCUUUAGCAGCUGCUGAACUGAGAGCUUGCAUUAAUGACUGUGGUACAUAUGGAGAAUGUAGAAUGCUCCGGUCAUAUGGCUACCUCUAUGCUGCAUGUGUUUGCAAAGCAGGAUGGGGAGGAUGGAGUUGUACAGAUGAAACAACUGCACAGUCCUAUGGUCGUCAGUUACUUGCUGCCCUUUUAUUAACACUAAGUAAUCUACUGUUCAUUCCUCUCAUCGUAGUAGCUGUGUAUCGUCACUUCAUUGUGGAGGCAUCAGUGUAUACCUUUACAAUGUUUUUUUCUACGUUCUACCAUGCAUGUGACCAGCCUGGCAUCACAGUAAUGUGCAUCAUGGAGUAUGAUACACUUCAGUAUUGUGAUUUCCUUGGUUCUGUCUCAUCUAUUUGGGUAACCAUUCUCUGUAUGGCAAGAGUGAAGGAUAUACUUAAAUAUAUGCUGUUUAUGUUGGGAUGUUUGAUCAUCGCCAUGUCUAUGCAACUUGAUCGAAGAGGCUUAUGGAAUAUGUUGGGACCCUCUCUGUUUGCUCUUAUAACUAUGAUAGCAGCUUGGACAUAUCGUGGUGUCAAGCGGCGUCACUGCUAUCCAUCUUCAUGGAAGCGCUGGGUCUUUUUUCUCAUCCCUGGUUUAGGAACAGCAAUCAUUGGAUUGUGUGUAUAUGUAUUUGCAGAGACUGACGACAACUAUUACUACACACACAGCAUAUGGCACAUAAUGGUGGCUACCAGUGCAGCUUUUCUUCUCCCACCACGGGACAAACAUAGAAAACCAUGGGGCUUGUCCCAAAGGUUUUUCUGCAGAUCAGUUAUGCCCUUACCAACGUCCAGAUGACUAUUGAAAAGCCAGUUCCAUAGUACAGGUAUUUGCAUUUAUAUAUAGAUUUAUCUUGACUAAAUGUAGAUGGAUACAUUCAUCUGAAAACUAGUCUUACAAUUUUUUGUCUCUCGCGGCCAGCUGCUUAACAAACCUGAUUUGAUUCUUCCUACCAUACUGGCUGAGCAGCAGACCUGUAAGUAUGCUUUAGCUUUAACUGAAAAAAAAUUUAAUCAGGGUCAAAUUGCUUCCAUUAAACUAGUCUAUCUUGAUGAAUCACGCAUUGAAAACAAAUUAAAUUUGCUGUUUUUGUUGGUUACCUGAAAUGUCUGGGGAGAUCACUUUCACUCUCGCAGUGCUAUAUAUUUCAUGAUUCAUAGCCAAUACGAAAACAAAAGUGAAAUUCAAAUUUAUAUUAAAAUGACACCAGUUUUGAGUUUUUUGUUUCAAGAAGGAGAUUUGGUUUGCUUGGAAGGAUGCUUUAGAAAGACUGAAGUCUCACAUUAAAUUCGAUAGAUAAACUUAACAUGCAUAUAAUAACAUUGUAUUCAAGAAGUGUUCAUGUGAUUAUAAUAUCAAGCUGUUACAGUAAAAUUAAAGUUAAUACAACAUAAGCUGUCACCCUUGACCAUGAAGAACUUUACCUAUGUAGACCACAGAUUAAUUCUACAGCUAUCUUUUAAGGAAAACAUAAUCAAGAGUGUCCUCAACAGCUUGGUUUUGUUUUAACAUUUAAACACUUGACAUUGCUAAAGAUUAUGUUUGACAUAUUUUGAAGUUUAUGCACUUUAUCAAUAUUGCUGCUUAUGGGGUUAGAUAUGUAAAUUAUUUUUUCUUUAUCAAAAGUAUGCAAAUGUAAAGAAGUUAACAGUUCUAUUAAAUAUACAAAUUUUUUUGAUUAGUAUAAACAUUUUAUUACCUAUCUUUAAUAGAUAUUAUACUGUAGGAUAUAACAACACAUUAAAAAAAAUUAAUGAAAAUUUUAGGCUUUCCUAGCAGUUGAGGCCAAAAUAAGACUGGAAUAAUGUGGACAUUUACCCUAAAGCAUUAUUAUUAAAAUGUAGUUUAUUUUGUAUUAAAAUUUAAUCAGUAUGUUUUUGUGGAAAAUCUUUUAGAAGUGUAUUUUCUGCCAUGGGACAGUAUGGUAGAGUAAUACCUAGUCCAUUUAACAGGUAUGAAUGAAUGGGAAUGAAUUUGGGUUCAGUGCAUGUUUAUUUAUUUUUUAUUUCUCUUUUAUAAAUCAGUCCACGAUAUCUGAAUGUCAGAACACUGUUGAAACACCAAAGACCAAUAGGUCAGGAAUUCAUUAUUCUGUUAUACUGGUCUUAAAAAGUGGCCAGUGAACUCCUAUUACCUCUACUGUUGGUUUUAAAUCUAAAUAAGAUCUAGUCCUUUGUCUUAAACCAUACAGUUUGACAUUUCUAUGUGAUGUGUUAUAUUUUGCACCAUAGCUAUUUUGGCUAGCUAAAAUUAUGUUUUUAAACUGCUUUAAUUUUGAAAAGGCUGUAUAUAAUCUUUUGUAAAGCAGUAUAAACGUUUUAAGAUCUGUGCAAAACUCCUUGUAUGUAAUUUCACAAUUUUAUAUUUGUAUGGAUUAACAUAUACAUUUUUGCAGUUGCACUACUAUGUUUUUUCCCAAGGCAUGUAUAAAGAUAGGCAAUUUUAAAUUCUAACAUUUAGAUUACAAACCUUUUUCUUUAUCUAUUGACCUGGUUGACAGCAGCUUUUGAAUGUGGUAUAUCAAGAAAAUAUUUGCAAUGGUUAUUUGAGUGGUGCACUUAAAUUAAGCUCUUGUUAAAUAUACCAAAUAUAUUGUUAGAAAGGGUGACUCAGGUGUACUCUUGAGUCUUUUGUUAUUUUCUUAAUGUACAAAGCCAGAGCCUGCAACAGGCAGGGUAUCUUCAGAAUCUUAAUGUUGGACUGAAAUUGUGCAAAGGAUCAGCUGUAACAAGGCCUCCAGUAAUACUUGUUCCCCUGCUAAGGAGUCGAUUUACAUUACAAAAACAAAAGUAUCAGAAUGAUGCAGAUUAAAUUAUUUCAUAAUGAAGAAUGCAUCUAUGUUACAAAUGUUAUUUUGAGAUCAAAUUAUGCUCUGAAUAACUGCAUAGCCUGUCUGUACUCCCAGGAAACUAGACAUUGGCCAAUUGAAGAAAGAAGGUAUCUACUGUGUAACAAAUUUGAUCAAUUUAUUUCUGUGGCAUUAGGAUACUGCUGUAUUCAUAUUUACCUCCAUGGAAAAAAAGAUUUUUGUAUUUCAUGCACAGUCUGUAUCAGUAUACAGUAUAUAAAAUUGAAGUUUGAAAAUUAGCAAAGUAAUAUUUUUUAUGAAGUAAAAUAAUUUUAGAGCUUAUGUCAUAGAACAUUAUUUAGAUGUUUGAUAACCUUAAAUGUAUAUUAUAUUUUGAUGAUUUUUGUUUUACAUUUAGUUUUUGUGUUUAUCAUUUCUUAAUGUUUCUCUCAGUUACUUUUAGAAUCAUUAUUCUAAAAGAAGUGUCAAAUAUCUAAAUGAAAUGUUUGUGGUUUGUUGUCUCUAGAGUUUAUUAGUACACUUUAUUUGUAUGUGUCUUGCUAAGGUUGUAUGUGCUUUCCAGUGUCCUGCAAGGACUAUAGUUUAUCAUUGUAGAUUUAUUGGUCACGGUUUAGUUGUCCAUUAUAAGCAGCUAUUAACAGUCUACAUGUUGUACAACAUAUUAUAAUCCUUUUUAACAUAAAACAAUGAAAAAUGUCCGCAACCUAUUUCUUGAGCCUUUUUGCACUUAGUGAUAAUUUAUGUACCAUUAACAGUAUAGUUAAUAAAAAAAAUUAACAGUCUAUAAAAAAUAGAUACUUUUUUAAUAGAUGAUUUGUAAUGGAUACCUAAACUAAAGUGUGACCAAUUUGUUUUUCUUACGGUGAUUCAAAAAGAUGUACAAACAUUUACGUAACUAGUUGUUUCAACAUUAGUGUCAGUGAGGCAUACGGCAUUUUUUGUUCACACUAAAUUAAACUAGAUUUUUUUUCAGUUUUUUAACAAGUGUUUUAAAAUCUGUGUACAUCUUUUUGUGACACAUUAUAUUGUUGUUUGAUUUUUUUUUUGUUUCUUGUAACAAGAUGUAAACAUAAAAUACUAAAUUCAGUGAAACAUUUUAGAUUUUUUUGUAAUGUUUUCAGUUUCAGUAAACCACCUAAUUGCAAGAUGUUAUACUGUAUACUCAGUCUAAAUACUUCUCUGCACAUGCUACAUAUGCGGAAAACAUCUAAAACUGGUGCUGUAUUCUGUCGACUUGCUCAUGGAAAACUGUAUUUUCAUAGAUAAAUAAGCAAUAUUAUCAGUUGUGAUUGAUGCUGUUUAAACUAAUUGCAAUAUUGUAUAAUACAGAUUUAUUUGAUAAAACUUAGUUUAAGGUAAAUUGCCAUUUAAUUAUAUGAUUUGUGAAGAUGAUACAACUGCUAUUAUGCCAGAGUAUUUUUAAGUUAAGGACAGUUUUUGUAAUAUUUUUAUAAUAUGAAUAUGUUGAAGUUUAAUUAAUUUCUGUAUAUUUUGGUGGGGAAAAUUCACUUAAUAAUGGGUAAUAUAUUAUAAAUCAGUAGAAAAAAUAAAUAAUUUUUCAGA